AUGACAGACCAUCAGAGCCCGCCAUCUCUUGAUCAACGGCAAGAUCUCGCAGGGAAAGUGGCUAUUGUUACAGGAGCGAGUAGAGGCAUCGGCUAUGCAAUUGCGUUGCAUCUUGCCAAACGCGGUGCAGGGAUCCUGGCCACAUCUACAAGUGCCAGUAAGCAUAUCGAUGAAUUGCGUGCUGAGAUCGAGUCUGGCUAUGCCCACUUGAACAUCCAACCUCCAAAUAUCGCUCACCAAAUCGUCUCCUUGGAAGAUCCGGAAGCGCACACCAAGGUGGCCGACGCAAUCAAGAGGGAAUUUCAUGGCAACUUGGACAUCUUAAUCAACAAUGCCGCGAUAACGGACCGCACGUUCCCUGGCGAGCUGGAGCCUACGACACUGGACAAACUGUUGACCUGCAACAUUCGGACGCCGGCACUGGUGGUAGAUGAGUUGGUCAAGAGACGGUACUUCAGAAAAGAGAGCAGAAUCAUCUUCCUCAGUAGCGCCGAGAGCGUCAACUGCGAGCCAGCCGUUGCCAUCUACGCCUCAACCAAAGCAGCCAACGAGGCUAUGGCUCGCUCAUAUGCCAAUGCCUUUGGCGGAAAGAAUGCCGCCUUCGACUUCAUGGCUGGCACCACGGCCAACAGCGUGCUCACGGGUUUGACAGAGACGGGAGGAGUCCAGCAGUAUGGACAACAAGUGUGGGAAGAAUUGCAAGAGUUUUGGGUAGGAAAGCAAGUCAUACCACGCCUGGGCAAGCCCGAGGAUGUGGCUGACGUGGUGGGAUUUCUUUGCAGUAUAGAAGGUAGAUGGGUUACUGGAAGUAAGAUCAGCGCGAAUGGAGGAAGUAUCGCGGUCAUUUAA